AUGAAGAUGCACAGAGCCAGUGCCCUGACUCCAAGGAUACAGGACAGCCUGCAGGGCCCAAUAAGCUAUAAGAAACUCAUUUCCAACAUAAUGACACAGGUAGCGGAUAGUAAAUGGGGAAAAGAGAAACCACGCAAGACUAGUCAGAAGGAAGCUGGACUGCUCAAGCAGCAGAGAAAGCUGGCUUCAGAGCAGGAAAUGCCCAGGGAUAAAGGGGGUGCACGACGGAAGACCACUCAGAAAGGGAGCAGCCACGCUCAGUGUGAGUGUACAAGCGAGGGUCACACCAGGCAGAGGCCCACAGCCCGAAAGGAGAAGCAGCUCAACCCUGGAGACAGCGACCGCGCUCAGCCAGCAGCGCGGGGAGGACAGACGCCCCUGCCUGUCCUGCCAGCGCUGCACAGAACUCCCCCACCCCGACAACAGCACAAGACCUCCUCUGCACGGUGCUCACCAGACACUUAUCGGCACGUCCUGGGGUCCCACAGCUGGGCCCCAGCACUCGGACAGUGUGCCUACACCCAUGAGCUCGAGAGGAGGAGAGUGGGCAAGAUUACUGGCAAGGCCAAGAGAUGCCGCUGCGUGAAGACUGUGUUUGGCACCAUCUUCCUAAGAAGAAGGGACGGCGGGCACCGGCGCGCAGCUUCACAGGCCCUCGCCGCGGCCGAGCAGGAUUUUCCAGCGCGAGCCCGGAGCCGCUGGAGCUGCUGGGGAAUUGUCAGGCAGAGCAACCUGAGCUGCAACUCCGAGAACGCUGCUGCUUCAAUCACGGGUCAUCGACGGAAUCACGUUGCCAAUGGCCAAGAAAUACCACCCAACUCACCAGGCUCUGACAAAACCCUGAGCGGCGCGGCGCACAGCACGCUCUCUCUACUCCUGGUGAAGGAAACUCCCAAGUCUCAGACUCCCACAGAAGCGGAGACCGUCCAACACCCGGCUUCAUAA